AGCCUCCAGCUUUGAAUGCAGGAUUGAGGAAGUGUGUGUUACUUCAAGAGAUCUCUCUAAAGGACAGGGAGAAGGAAACUGUCUCCACUCUUUGUUUGUUUUUCUGGAUUUUACAAACAAUAUGGCGUCCAUGCCAGAAGCUGAUCUCACCUGUGCGGUCUGCCAGGACAUUUUCAAAGAUCCUGUUAUCCUCACCUGCAGCCACAGCUUCUGCAAAGCCUGUCUGCAGGACUGGUGGAGAGGGAAACAACUACAGGAGUGUCCGGUGUGUAAGAGAAGAUCAUCCAGAAGUGAUCCGCCUUGUAACCUGGCCCUGAAAAACCUGUGUGCGGCCUUUCAACUGAACAGAGACCAGAGAUCCUCAGCAGGGUCUGAGUCUCUCUGCAGUCUGCAUGCUGAGAAACUCAAACUCUUCUGUCUGGAGCAUGAGGAGCCGGCGUGUGUGAUCUGUCGAGACUCAAAGAGGCACAACGGCCACACAUUCAGGCCCAUCGAUGAAGCUGCGAAGGAUCGCAGAGAGGAGCUGCUUGAAUCUCUGAAACCUCUGCAGGACAAGCUGAAGGUCUUUGAAGGAGUGAGAGGAAACUGUGUUCAAACGGCAGGGCACAUUAAAGUCCAGGCCACAAACACAGAGAAGCAGAUUAAGGAGCAGUUUAAGAAACUCCACAAGUCUCUAGAGGAGGAAGAGGAGGCCAGGAUCUGUGCUCUGAGGGAGGAAGAGGAGCAGAAGAGUCUUGUGAUGAAGGGGAAGAUUGAUGCUCUGAACACAGAGAUUGCAGCUCUUUCAGAAACAAUCAGAGUCACAGAGGACGAGCUGAGAGCCGAAGACGUCUCAUUCCUGCAGAACUACAAGGCUGCAGUGAGAAGAGUCCAGCAGCGCCCCAUGCUGGAGGAUCCAGAUCUGGUCUCAGGAGCUCUGAUAGACGAGGCCAAACACCUGGGUAACCUGAGCUUCAACAUCUGGAACAAGAUGAACUGGAUUGAACAGUACCCUGUGGUUCUGGAUCCAAACUCUGCUCAUCCAGACCUCGUCCUGUCUGAAGAUCUGACCAGCGUGAGACGUGGGGGGAAACAAAACCUUCCUGACACCCCGGGGAGGAUGAGCACCCCCCAUUCUGUCCUGGGCUCUAAGGGGUUCCAAUUAGGGACUCGCAGCUGGGCUGUUGAGGUUGGAGACAGUGUGAACUGGUCUCUGGGCGUGGCGGCGGAGUGCGGCGAGGCGGACGGGAAGACGGUGUUCUGCAUGUGGACCCUCCAGCUCUCUGACGGUCAAUACAAAGCCGUCUCUCCGUUAGCGGGACCGAUGGAUCUGCAGGUGGAGAAGAAGCCUGAGCGGGUCCGGGUUGAUCUGGACUUCAACAGAGGACGGCUCUCCUUCACUGACCGGGACGAGGACACACACCUUCACACCUUCACACACACCUUCGUGUUCAAGACCGUGUUCCCGUACAUACGCAACGGAGACGAAGGCCCGGUCCGGCUCUUACCGCGGGGGGAGGACGAUGAGGAGGAUGAUGCUGAGUUUGAUGAUGAUGAUAGUGAUGAAGACUACUGUCCUGAUGAGGAUGAGGAAGAUGAGGAAGAUGAGGAUGAUUGGACUUCUGAUUAUGAGGAUGAUGAGGAAGAUGAGGAUAAAGGAGAUGAAGAUAGUGAUAAGUCCACUUAGAUAGUGAGGACUAAUCUUAUUCAUGGGGUUCAGUCACAUGACCUUUUUGUUGUUGCUGCCGCCAUCUUUAGGACUGUAGCACCAUCAACCGCCGGACCCAGCUUGAUUAAAUCAACGGCCUUAAAUCUGGGAAUCCCAUUUUUCACCAUUAGGUGGCGCUAAUACUCCGUCAGAGGUCCUAAUGAUGGUGCUGCGAACGCUGUGUGAC